UAGUGAUGUGAAGUGUAUCUAAUGUUACUGUUAUGGAUUAGUUAGAACUAAGAAAUCUAUUACUGAUGUUAGGACGGAAGUCCUAGCCUCAAUAAAAGAAACUAUUUUAAGGAACCCAACCAUUGUCUAAAGUCAACAUUGUGUACAUAUUUAGCUGAACUACCACUAUCUUUUUUUUCGGUGAUUUACACAAUUUUUAGGUAAGGAAGGUAACCACACACCAGAGUACAGUAUUUUCAUAAUUAGAAGUCAAAUAAAGAAUGUCUUGUCUCUGUAUAUAGAUAGCAUCAACAAAAGGGUGUUAGUGUCCCUCAACAACCGCAAAAUCUCAGAGACAACAGCACCACUAAGCAAAUUUUUCUAGUAUUCAUGUCAGAUCAUCAAAGACCUAAAAUCCACCCGAUGGACGUGGAAGCACAACCACACCCUAGGACGCAUUUAGUAUCUCCUGGUUCGUCUAGAUCAGAAAAGGGUAUCCCGGUGCCUCCUCCUCUACUGCAUCAACAUGCUAUGCCAGCAAUAAACUCUUCAAAACCAAAAAGAAGCUGCUUUUGCAGGUGCAUAUGUUGUACACUAACCUUGUUAUUCCUUCUUAUUAUCAUCUUGGCAGCAUCUGCAGGAGCUCUUUAUCUCAUCUUCAAACCAAAGCUUCCCGAUUACUCAGUCGACACUCUGAGGAUAACUGAUCUGAGGCUUAACUUAGACUUGAGUCUCUAUGCAAAGUUUGACGUGAAGAUCACAGCGACAAACCCGAACAAGAAGAUUGGUAUAUACUACGAAAAAGGAGGGAAGUUGAGUGUCUUGUACACAAACACAAAGCUUUGUGAAGGGUCAUUACCCGAAUUCUACCAAGGUCAUCAGAACAAAACAGUGCUUAACGUAUCAUUAUCAGGUCAAGUUCAGUCUGGAAGGACUUUAAUGUCGGCGUUACAGCAACAACAGCAGACAGGAAGAAUUCCAUUGGAUCUCAAUAUUCAUGCACCAAUUGCUAUCAAACUUGGGAGGUUGAAGUUGAAGAAGGUGAAAGUGUUGGGUCAAUGUCAGUUGGUGGUUGAUAGCUUAUCAUCUAAUAAUCUUGUAAGCAUCAAGGCUAGCAACUGUAAUUUCAAAAUGAAAGUUUAGAUUUCAUCAUGGGAGAGUUUGUUUUAGUUCAUGUGAUUUUCUUUUUAUUCUUAUUGUUUUUUGGAAUUUUAAGACUUGAUUCUUUUGUGAAUAAUAAACUGCUCUUGUAGCAGUUUGUUGUAGUAUUUUUUGUAUUUGUUUUGUGUGUGUAUCUUUGUUGGUUCACUAUAUUAAUUUGAGAACAUAUCGGCCUGGCU